AUGGCGGAGCGCGAAAGAGAAACACAAACAUGUUUGAUUUCGGAUUCUUCAUGCCAAUAUGGACUGCAAUCAGUUUGGGGUACUGGAAACCGGUUGUUUGUGUUUCCAGGAAAAAAUCCCCUCCUUUGCACAGAGAGAAGACCAGCCUCCGGUAAAUGGGAAAAGAUUCGGGAAGUUCAAUGGGACAUCGAUCUACACCACCCUGUACUUAGGAAAAUGGUCAACGAUUCACAUAAUAUAUUUGUUACCCUGCAACGCCAAGCUUCUCGGUUAAAUGGAGCAGCACUUCAUGCACAAAUAUUAAAGUCAAGCAAACACUACAGAGCAACACAAAAAGCCUACCUAAAGGAUAUGGAGGAAAUGAUAGAGAGCAGCAGAGAUGAGGACCAAAGGCAGCAGUACAUGGAACACAUCAAGCUAUUGGAUAUGUCUGAGCUCAUCUGGAGUCUGUGUGAAAUCCUCUUCAUAGAGAGCCCCGUUGGUGGUCUUGUUGUUCCCCAGUUACUGGACUGGUGGAAGAUUCAUUUUACAACACCUGAGAAGAUGUUUGGUGAUCUAUUGAGAGAAGAACAGCCAGGAAAUAUUUCUACUUAUUGGGAUACAAUUUUUCGAUUGGUGCUACAAGGUCAGGUGGAGAGGGCUUGGCGUCUACUCUCCCUACAUUCAGCAAGUCAGACUGAUGACUUCCAAACUCUGAUCAGCUUACUCAAGAGAAUGCCACUUCUCACGCAAUUAUACAGAGGUUGUUCGGUGGCAGAGUUUGACAUGAAGUGGCGACAUUGGAGAGAUGAAUGUCAAAGAAACUAUGAGGAACAGAAGUUCUCCACAAACGCAAAUUUAGAAACAGUAGUUAGGAUUCUAUGUGGUGAGGAUGCUGUAUUCAGUGAAGUGAAGGAGUUCUGUGAUCCCUGGUAUCACAUGUUGAUAGCUAAAGCCCUCUACCAGGACCCAACAAUUAAAGCUUGUGAUCUCCAUUAUUAUAUCCAGAGUUGUCAAGAUGAGUACAGAAGCACUACUAGGAUGGGAGAACUAGACAGUAUUUUACUGUACACUCUAGAGUCUGACGUGUAUCAAGUCAUCAAGGACAGCAGGUCUGUGUUUAGUAAUGGCUGGUUCGUAGCUCACCUAACAGACCUACUUCAACAUUGUGGACAGUUAGACACUCAUAGAUUACAAUUUGGGUCAGAUCUGAGAGAAUUCCUCCUGUUAGAAUAUGCGAGUUCCCUCAUGUCACACCAAAGUUUGUGGAUAGUUGGUGUUAGUUAUCUUGACCAUUGUGCAGAAUUUGGAAGGAAAUACCUUGAAUUAUACUUGGAUCACAUUCCAGUAGAUUCUGAAAGAAAGGCAAACAAAAUUCUGAAGAUCUGUGAAGACCGCAACAUGACAGAACAAUCCAAAAGUAUCUGUAAAGUGAUGGGGAUGAGAUGUAUUAAGAACAAACGGCUUGGAGCUGCUCUCACUUGGUUUUUGAGGUCAAAAGAUGUUGGAUUCGCCACAGUUCUUGCAGAAAAAUUUUUACUGGAGUACAGUGAGAAUGGAGAGUUCACGAACCUUGACCUAAUAGAUCACCUGGGCCCAUCCAUGUUACUAAGCAACAGACUAACAUUUUUAGGAAAAUAUCGGGAGUUCCACAAGCUUUAUUCUGAGGGGGAGUAUCGAGCUGCUGGAGACUUACUACUGGCCCUGUUACAAGCUCGACUGGCUCCAAAGCAGUUUUGGAUAACAUUGUUAAUUGAUGCACUACCUCUACUUAAGAAAACAGAGCUCAUCUUCAACAGUCAACAAACAUAUGAACUCAUGCAGUGCCUUGAGGAACUGACCACAGAGUAUAGUCUGGGAAAGAAAAUAGAUGGAUUAGGAUUCACAGAAGCUAGAAAAGACCAACUGGAUGCGUUGAAAUUAACAUUGACCGAGAACUUAGCCAAAGCCAUACUUCAGGAAGGGACAGUGAAAAUAUUUUGAGAUAUCGUACAAUUAUGAUCCCAAGGCAGCAUCAAAAUGACAGAUUCCUAAUUUGGGGAAUGGAAUUGUGCCCAGAAAGAUUCGUAAACUUUAUUUGCUAAAUACAAAAUGAAUGUGUUACUUGAAGUUACUAGGUUGCAUAAAAUGUGUUCAACUUUUUACAUUUAUUGAAACUGUGACAAAACUCUCAUUGUUAUAAUUUGAAUCAGAGAAUUUAGAAGUCAAAAUUAAAAAAAAAAAUUUAGGACUCGUUGUGACUUUCAAUAUUUUGAAAGAAUCUGAUUAUGUGGAUCCUUAAAACAAAAAAGUGAAUCAACAAUGUUUAUUUCUUAAGAGGGCAUUUACAUUCUUCUUACAUCACUUGAAGAAAUGCAGAUUGAAUGUGCAAAUUGAUUCAGGACAUACAUUUGUGUCUUCCUGCCAUACAUGGAUGUGAAUUUCAUGUCAAUGUUAAUGGAAUAUGAUGUAAAUGUCAAUGGGACGUAAUGUUAGUAGCAUGUAUUGUUACUUCCUACAAUAUUUGUGACAUUUUAGGUACAUUCAAUCAAAUUAAAGAAUUCACUCUGUUCAA